AUGGAUUAUAAUAAGAGAUCAUCUGUAUCGACAGUCCCCAAUACAGGUCCCAUAAGAGUCGGGUUUAUUGGCUUGUCCUCGUUCAAAGGUUGGGCAAUCAAGACACACUAUCCUGCAAUUCUACAAUUAUCAUCACAAUUCCAAAUAACAGCUCUUUAUAAUCCUGAUAUCGGUACAGCAUUAUCCACUAUACGAACUUUGAAAUUGAGUAACGCUACUGCAUAUUCUACUUUAGAAUCAUUUGCAUCUUCAGCUAAUGUUGAUAUGAUUGUCUUAAGUAUACAAGUUUCUAAAAACUUUGAAACAUUAAUCCCAUUACUAGAGUAUUCGAAGACGAACCCAAAUUUAAAAUAUUUAUUUGUGGAAUGGGCAUUAGCAUGUUCUGUACAAGAAGCUGAAACAAUUUAUAAGAUGGCUGCUGAAAGAGGCUUACAAACAAUCAUAUCAUUACAAGGUAGAAAAUCACCAUAUAUUUUACGCGCUAAAGAAUUAAUUCAUGAAGGUUAUAUUGGUGAUAUUAAUUCCAUUGAGAUUGCAGGCAAUGGUGGUUGGUAUGGUUAUGAAAGAUUACAAAAAUCUCCAUCAUAUAUUUAUGAGCUGGGGAAAGGUGUUGAUUUAGUCACAACAGCGUUCGGUCAUACUAUUGAUCUUUUACAAUAUAUGACAGGAUCAUAUUUUUCAAGAAUCAAUUCAAUGGUUUUCAAUAAUAUACCAGAACAAGAUGUUAUAGAUGAACAUGGGAAUAGGACGGGUCAAAGAGUUUCAAAGACUGUUCCAGAUCAUCUUUUAUUCCAAGGAACUUUAUUAAACGGGAAUGUACCUGUUUCAUGUAGUUUUAAAGGUGGGAAACCGACAAAGAAAUUUACUAAAAAUUUAGUUAUUGAUAUUCAUGGAACGAAAGGUGAUUUGAAAUUAGAAGGUGAUGCCGGAUUUGCAGAAAUGUCCAACCUUGUAUUAUAUUAUAGUGGUAUAAGGGCCAAUGAUUAUCCUGUAACCAAUAAUAAUAACAGUAAUGGCAAUGACUCUACUAAUAAUAACAAUAAUGGACCUAAUGGGUACGACGCAGGUAAAGAAAUAAUGGAAGUUUAUCAUUUAAGAAAUUAUAAUGCAGUAAAUGGUAAUAUUUUCCGACUUUAUCAAUCGAUUGCAGAUUUCCAUUUUAAUACAAAACAAAUACCUCAUUUACCAACUCAAUUCAUUAUGCAAGGAUUUGAAUUUGAAGGAUUCCCAACUUUAAUGGACGCUCUGAUUCUUCACCGACUAGUAGAUAACGUUUAUAGAAGUAAUAUAUUAGGAUCCACUUUAGAUGUAUCCAGUAUAUGUCGAUAUCCAUAA